GCCGUUUAAGGAUUGCUUAGGUGCCUUGGAUGGGACACACGUGCCAGCGUGCAUAAAGGAGUCGGAAGCAGCCCCGUAUUUUAGCCGAAAGGGUUGCCACACUCAAAAUAUUUUGGCAGUGUGUGAUUUCAAUAUGUGUUUCAUCUUUGUGUCAUGUGGUUGGGAGGGUAGCAUGCAUGACAGCCGGAUUUUAAACAUUGUCACCGAGGAUCCGCAAUAUAAUUUUCCAACUGCAGUGGAUGGUCGCUAUUAUCUAGUGGAUAGUAGAUAUAGUAAUAAGAAGGGAUUUCUCGCACCAUAUAAGGGCAGCCACUAUCACCAACCACACUUUCAACGUCACAAGCUGAGGAAUCGUGAUGAGUUGUUCAACCGUGCCCACUCUUCAUUGCGGAGUGUGAUUGAGCGAACAUUUGGCGCUUGGAAAUCGCGGUGGAGAUUCUUGCACAACAUGCCUCAGUUUGACUUUCGUAGAGUCCAGGUGCCGUUGGUGGCUGCAUCUAUGGCAUUACACAAUUUCAUACGUAAAAACUGCGAGGAUGAUGCGACCAUUGCUGCUGUCAGAAAUGCGGCGGAGUACACGUAUGCCGAUAUUCCCGAUCGCGCAGAUUUGGCUGCCCUAGACAAAGCCGUCGUGGCUACGGACGAGGACGUUGAAAUGGCGGAGGUGCGUCAUCGGAUAAGGGCUGAGUUAUACCAAAUUCGGCACAAUGGUAGGUAGUCGGACAGUGUUGUUUACCAUGACUGCUUUUAAAUGUUUUCCAUAGUAUGUGUUUUGUGAAAACCAUCACUAAUGUCUUGUUUUGUACUUUUGU